CUGGCGUCUGGCGGCAGUUCGGAGCGAGACGCCGACACGAUAUACGAUGAGUAUUUUCAUCCCGGACUUCUCGGGCUCCGGGACGCGACUGAAAUUGUCGGUACGCCGUGUUCCACGUCGCCAUCGAACGUAGAUGGUCGCGCGGGUAUCCGCUUCUCCGAGAAAAUCGUAACAGGGAGGUUGUCGCGCGGCGAACAUCGUCGUCGUGGAGAACGUGUCGAGAACGUGCCGGCUGCUGAUGUGGAGGUGCGCGUAACAGGUCCUUGCGUAUCCUUUCGAGUGGCGACCGGCGGCAACCGACGACCGGCCUCCAGCAGCCGCUUUUUAGUGUCCGGCGUGACCACGUGACCGGAACGGACGAAGGUCCCUUACGGGGAAAGGUCCGAAAGUGCGUACGAGAAAAAUUCGUCUCGGACUCGGAGCUUGAGGAUCGCCAAAAUCGUCUCCUGAAAUUUCUCAAAGAAUAAAUACACGUACACGAGCGUUUAAAAAGACACGAGAACAAGGCUCGCCCGCAAAUAUUAGAGUGAAUAGUAAGUUCCAGGUAUACCGAGCAUCCCUUAGGGCUUGUAUUCCUCCCAUUCCUCUCAAUCCUUCGUUCGGCACAUUCAUCCGACAGUGGUCGCAGCAACAGCAGCAGCAGCCGGUAUACACACAUAUCCAUACGUGUGCACACACGGACAAUCCGAAGAAGAAAGCGCGUCCGGUUCGCGUUUCAUCUUGCGUAGUUUUCCUCGAGAUACCUGAAGACUUAAAGGAGUAGUGAUAGCAUUUUCGCUGAUGAAUCCCUCUCAAACUUGAGGAAUAAGAUCAGCUGUGGCUAGAAGAAGAGGUCCCGGGAUGACGUGAUACACCGAACGAGAGAGGAAUGCCAGUGCGUUGACGAGGACGGUCCUCUUUCUCUGGCGGGGAUCAUCAACAAAAGUCGCGGGAUGCGAUCCGAGCACCGGGAUGUCGUCCGGACGGGUUUGAACAGCUGGCGAUCGACCAGGCUGCUCUGACGAUCACCGUGAUCACGAUCGACUCGUCUCUCCGUGUUUCCCAUUCGAACUGUAGAUUGAGAAGGACGCGGUCAAGUGGGGCGACGUGCAGCGUCGUCCAAUUGACAAUCAAAAAGGUAUCGGAGGGACUGACAACAUGACGAUUCAGAGCUGCUCAUCGAGGUGCGCCAAACGUGCCUUCGUCUUCGUAUUUGCCUGGGGCCUGCUGAUGAUAGCGGCGGUACAGUUCCGCCACUUGGAAAACAGGGCAUUGCGCCAGGAUGGCGGCCCGACAGCCGAGGAAGGCAACCUGGAAAUGGAAGGCACCGGCAACGAUCGGGGCGCAAAUCGUGGUGCCGCAGGUCUGUCUCGAUAUCUCCUACAGAGGUCAUCUCUGAGUGAUCCAUCCAACUCCGGCGGCAAUGGUGCCCUAUUAACCACCCUGACCACCAUCAGAAACCGCCUGGAGGCGACGAAGAACCCGCUCGAACUGGAACCAUUGUUGGACAAAAGGCCAGCCAAGACAGAGCAACAGCUCAUCGAGGAGAUCGCUGAGAGAAUACCGAGUUUACCACUGGGCGAUUGGACGAAGAACAGUAAGCUGAACCUGAAACGGGGCAACGACAGCUGCGCAAAAUACCCGCAGAUCUACGAUCUGGAGUUCAAUAAUAUCUACUGGCAAACACUGCGCACCAGCAAUGGCACGUUCCAAUUUUUCGGCGCGUUCUACGACAAUCGGAAGCUAUCGAAGAUCGGACCGGCAGUGAGAAUUGUCGGCAUGAUUGACCGGAUAGAGCCCACUGUGAAGACAUAUUGCCAACUGUGGUAUGAUGGCGAAAACCAACCCAAGAUCGUGGAGACUCUUGAGUACAAGUACAUCUGGUAUCCCAAGUGGGGCAAUUACAAGCAGGGCAUCUAUCAGCCGUAUGUGAUAGCGUGCAGGCUGCCGCCACAAACGGCUGGGAAGCCACCGUCAUCGAUUUCCAUGGUGGAGAAGCGUUGCGACACGGCCAGCAACAACCUCCGGGUGAUCUACAACAAGCCCAAGCGCAAGAAAGACUUUGCAGUGUGCGUAAAAGGCUUGGACUUUUUACACGAGGAUCUGUCGGUGCGACUGGUUGAGUGGAUCGAGCUGAUCAGUCUGCUGGGCGCUGACAAGAUCUACUUCUACGAGUUGCAGGUCCACCCGAACGUAACUAAGGUGCUGCAGCACUAUCAGAAUUUAGGUAUGGUACACGUGACGCCAUUGACCCUGCCGGGUGGGCAGCCGAACGUGCCAGCUUUCCAGCACAUGUACCUCACGAAGAAGACCAAUCACAAGCGGCAGAAUGAACUGAUACCCUACAACGACUGCUUGUACAAGCACAUGUAUGAGUACGAGUACAUCGCGCUGCUGGACGUCGACGAAGUGAUCAUGCCCGUGAAGGACGCGACCUGGCAAGAACUGAUGCGCCGGGUGCUGCCCAAGGCCCUGAAGAUACGAAACGAAACCCGUGCCUCGUACAACGUCAGAAACGUUUACUUCCUUGACGACCUACUGCACUCUCACGGUUACUUCAAGGACAUACCUAAGUACAUGCACAUGCUGCAGCACGUGUAUCGCUCAAAGAACUUCACGAAGCCGAACCAGUACAUCAAGUGCUUCCACAACCCGGAACGAGUAGUCACCCUACACAAUCACUUUCCGUUGGCAUGUCUAAGUGCCGGAUGCACUAGCUACCCCAUCGAGACCGAGGACGCGCAGCUGCAGCACUACCGCGCCGAUUGCGUUCGCUCGCUGAAGAAGACCUGCGUGGAGUACCGGGAGAACAGUGUGGUAGACAUGACAAUAUGGCGUUACAAGGACAAACUGAUCAGUAGGGUUACUAACUCACUGAAGACGCUUGGCUUCUUCGGCCCAAGAUAGCGGUAAAGAUUGAUUUCUCCGUUUUCCUACUCGUUUCUCAUACACGGUUCUCACGACGAAAAGGACGAAAAGGGCUGUGCGCGGGACAACGAGACGUAAAUUUGUCAGCGGGGGAUAAUUGCUGGUGCCACUUGAUCGGAGACCUAACAGAAGACAUAAUCAAGAUGAGUAACCGGCAGAUUCAUUUCUAGUGACAUCUCUAGUGUAAUAUCGCAUUUCAAUCACUCGUGAGAAGAACUUGCUCUUCUUGGUCGGUGAUUUUCGUUUGUCUACAAUAUUCCCGACCUGGAAAGACUAUGAAAUAUAUAGAAUUUAGAUGAAGAUGAAUGAGAGAUGAAGAACAAACAACGUAGAGCUUGACAACGCAAAGAUUUGCAAUGAUCAUUGCGAAUCUCGUAAAACUCAGUACGCUGCCUAAAUUAACAAACGACAAAAACAUAGUUUGUAUGGAAAUCAAGUUUUCGCAAUUCACUACAGUUCGCUAUACAUAGUAGAGUCCUCGUCUAUGUCAACGAAUCGAUUCGGAAAGCACUGAAUGAAUCCAUAUUCUAGUAAAUUGCAGCCGAAUAAAACCGCGAGUAGUUUACCUAGCGAGUAGAAACCAUUACGCUCAAUUUAUGCGAGUCCCAUUAACACGGUAGUUUUCGGGCAGCCGCGAAAUGGGAGUUAUCUCUAGGCCGAGCGUAAUUGCGGUUUGAUUUGUAUCGACAAUUGACCGAGCAACGAAUCGCAAAUUUUCGUUGAUCUAAGUGACAAUCUGAUCGCAAGCAAUCGAAUUACGUUGUGGAGAAAAAUGCAGUAUUCUCUCUCUUUUCCUUUUGUAAAUAAUUCCUCCCACGUAUGCUCAAUGUAUAAUACUGAGUCUACGAUUGACCGACAGCCAUAGCGGUGACACGGUGAAUAAGCGCAACGAAUCGAUAAAUGCGCUGUGAUGCAUUUGCAUGUAGUUUAAAAUUUGACAAAAUCAAGAACUGUGAAUCUAAAGUGAUACUUUAAUAAAAAGCAUGUCGAAGCUUAUAUGACGGAGAAAUACGAUAAACAAAUUACGUUAAAUACAUUAUAUUACGUCGAAAACACUUGAAUGUAUGUGACAAGGUGUACGGAACUUUUUCUUUUUAACGUGAUUCCUGAAAAAUGUUGUUUUCUGGGGAAUGGUAGUUGAAAAUUUAUCGUCAUAUACCGUUCCAACGACUGAAAUGCUGUGAGGGUAUAAAUACUGGUAUUAAUUAAGAUUAUUUUUAAUGAAUCUUCUACAUUCGCGAAGCGGUUCCUCGCGGAUUUGCGAGAGAGAAAUUAAAUAUUGCCCCGAAUUGUGAUGAUACACGCGAGAAAAUGGAAAACAAAAGUAAAGUAGUAAUCAAGUAAAGUGUAUCCAUAUGAUAAAACAAUUAUGUAUAAAUCUUAUUUUGUAUGUCAGUUCUUGCAUUUUUAUUUAUUUUUUUUAUUUAGAAUAAUACAUCCAAUACUAAUCCUUGUUUGAUUCAUAUUUGGAAUAUCGUUCAUAUCGUAAUUUGUUCAUUUGCUAUUCCGAUAUUCCAAGUAUUCGCGUGUUUUUCGCAAUAUAUUUCACUUUUAUCAACCGCUUCGCGAUUUCUUUCGAAGAACUACCUUUCCUUAUGGUGAACCUCGAUCGCUUUCUGCACGAUGGGAAUCGUUUUUUUACGACUUGACGUAAGCAUCGCUCGUAAAAGUGAGAAGGCGAUUCACGUUGCACCAUGAGACAAUCAAUACAAAGGGGACCAUUGUAGAUAAGAGACGAAUACGCAUGACGUUAUUGGUCUACGCGCGAAGAUAAAGUAGCAUUGUGUUCUUUUAGAGCGAAUAUACGCCACUUUUUCAAGUAAAAAUAUCGGUCAAUGGAUGCAGUAAUGUCUUUUUUCUUAUAAAGAGAAUGUCACGAGUAUCUGGCCUCGAGUUGGUUCUUUUUCAUAUAUAUUUUUAAACAAGAAGAAUUCAUCCUUUGACAACUGAUAUUGAAGCACGUAUAAAAAAUACAUAUCUCUAUUAUUCAUAUUUAACAACAUAUUUGAAAAAGAACCAAAUCGACGCCGGUAAUCAUCCCUUGUUGCUUAGCUUAGCAAUUAUUAAGAACGUUUAUUAAUCAUUCGUAAGAGCUGAUCAACGUAUACAUUAUUAAGGAAAGAGUCAUUCUUUAAAUUUGGCCGGUGAGAAAACCAGACUGAAUUUCUCGCGUGACCAAUAUGCGUGCUUUACAGAACGAACAUCCUUCGUUUGUUGUAUAAUCCUCUGUAAAUAUAUGUUCAAAGAGUCUGUCUGAAAAACAAUAAAUAAUGAUAAGAAAA